UCACUCAAACAAAUUCACCACUUCUCUUCUUCCUUCAUUCUAGCUACUAGCAUCUCUUUUCCUUUUCUAUCAGUUCUUGAAAUGGCUCGUACUAAGCAAACUGCAAGGAAGUCUACCGGAGGAAAGGCUCCUAGGAAGCAGCUUGCCACCAAGGCUGCUCGUAAGUCUGCUCCGGCUACUGGUGGUGUUAAGAAACCUCACCGUUUCAGGCCUGGUACGGUGGCUCUGAGAGAGAUCCGUAAGUAUCAGAAGAGCACUGAGCUUCUGAUUAGGAAGCUUCCAUUCCAGAGGCUGGUUAGGGAAAUUGCUCAGGAUUUCAAGACCGAUCUUCGUUUUCAGAGCAGUGCUGUGUCCGCUCUCCAGGAAGCUGCUGAGGCUUAUCUUGUUGGACUGUUUGAGGAUACCAAUCUCUGUGCCAUUCAUGCCAAGAGAGUUACCAUUAUGCCUAAAGACAUUCAGCUUGCACGCAGAAUUAGGGGAGAAAGGGCUUAGGGUUUAUUAAGAUAAUGUAUAAAAAGGCUUUUUGCUUUCUAGUAGUGUUGGUUUUAAUCAGAUGCCUCUUUUUCUGUAGUGAGAAACACCUUGUUUCGUUGUGAUUUGAUUCGAUAAAUCAUUAUGUUAUGGCCAACGAAUUAUGUUGAAUCUUUCUAUGACAAUAUUUUACUUCUUCAUAUUUGUUU